AUGGAUGCAGAAGACGACGUCACGGCCGUGUCGCGGCAUCAGCGACGGCUGAGCGGUGCUUCGGCCGCAUCGUCAACGAGGCCGCGUGCCAUCGACGGCACGGCAUUCGCAGAGCCCGACACCUGCCGGAUAUGCAGGGGCGAAGCCACGCCCGACGAGCCGCUCUUCUACCCGUGCAAAUGUAGCGGCAGCAUCAAGUACGUGCAUCAGGACUGUCUGAUGGAGUGGCUUUCGCACUCGCAGAAGAAGCACUGCGAGCUGUGCAAGACGUCGUUUCGUUUCACAAAGCUGUACUCACCGACGAUGCCGAAACAGCUUCCGCUCUUCGUCUUCAUCGGCCAUCUGGCGAAAUACUUUCUGCGCAAUGUGCUGGUCUGGCUGCGCAUCGGCCUGGUGGCUAGCGUGUGGCUGGGAUGGCUGCCGUACCUGACUCGCUGGGAGUGGUCCUUUUUCUUCUGGAUCAGCGAGGAGGGCCUGAUCUCGCCACACGCCAUGUUCGCUGGCGACGACGAAUUCCUUCGCAACGCCUCGGCCCUGGCCACGGCCGCAGCUAGCGCGUCCACGGCCGUCUGCCCGUCGAGCCCGUUGUUCACGUCCACCACAGCAGCCGCAGCAGCCUACGGGGAGAACAUGGCGGCCGGCGUGUCCAAAUUCUCGGCGGUCUUUGGGUUCCUGCUCGACCUUGUCAAUCCCGGGGAGUUUGCCUCGGCAGCGGCGUCCAACCUGAGCCGGACAGGCGGCGUCGCUGCUGCAGGCACGCUGCCACCGUCGCUGCUGAGCGAAGUGGGCUUUCUGCGGUCGCUGACACGGUACAGCUCGGUGAACUGGGGGAUUAUAUACGCGCUGGAGGGCCAGAUCAUCACGAUUCUCGUGAUCGUGUGCUGCGUGCUCGUAAUCCUCGUGCGCGACUACGUGGUACAGCAGCAGCCAGAGAUCAACAUGCGCGCUGCCUUUGCAGCGGCAGCCGGCGACGAGCCAGAACCGCUUCUGGCCCGACAGAUCGGGGAUGAUGACCAUGAUGACCAUGACGACCAUGACGACCAUGACGACGAGGACAGGCACGAAGACGACAACGACGAUGCCACGGACUGGGAGAUGGGCACCAACUCGAACUUUGGGGACGAGGCGCAUGUCGAGCCAGAGCCGCAGGCCAUACCUGCAACGGCUAACCGGGCAGCUCUACAACGAGCGGCAGCUGAAGACAGCUUGCCGGCCAGGCCACAGGCAGGACCGAUACACACUCUCGCCGGAGAAGAUUUGAAUCACGCAACGUCAACAUCGAUACAGACCAACCGGCCGAGAGUUACGGUGGCAGAUUUGCAGGACAUGCCUAGCAUGUCUAGCAUGAUGGAGGGAGUUCCCACAGUGCAGGAAUACUUGCGGGUAUACCGGGAGGCAGGAGGUGAUCCUGACGAGAUACUAAGGAUUGCGAGAGCAGAACACAUGGAAGACCGACUGGAAUUCUGGCUUCGGCUCACACAGCAUGUGGCGGACAAGAAGAGACAGUCGGAGCAGGGCGUCUCAGAAGGGGAGGGGUCGGGUGCGGAGAUGAGUUUGACGGUGCCAGAGAGCGGCACAGAUGCAGCGGACGCGGCCUGGUCAGAGAAGUUGCCGUGGGGCGAGGAGUCUGGUGGCGUGGCGGGCCCGUCGGCCUCAAAUCGGACGGACGACGGCAUCAGCAGUCGAGAUGACAUCAACGGCCAGACGCCCUACGACAAGGGCAAGGAGAGGGCCGUUGACGAGGCGCCGGCGGCGGACACGAGCGUUUUUGGCGGCAGCGGCGGACUGCGUCCGCGCGCUCACACAGACGGCCCACAGCGGACAGGAGGCCUCAACCCGCUCGCGUACAACACCUGGUCGUUCCCGGAGACGGAGUCGGCAGCAGAAGCAGGAGCAGCGGCACUAUCACCGUCGGAAGUGUGGGAGAGCAACGACGGCCAAGAUGACGACGCGGCUUGGGAAGACGCGUCAGACGAGGAGGAGAACAACCCGACGCCGAGCUCGACCGAGGUGGCGGGGGAGGAGAUGAGAGCGGCAGCUGAUGAAGGCGGACAGACGCAAGAAGAGAACAGAGAAGCAGAGGCAGUGGUGGCCAUGGUGGCAGCACCAGUCCCAGAACAAGCGGCAGCACCAGCGGCAGUACCAGUAGUUGCAGCACCCACACCACCACAAGCACCACCUCCAGCAGUUCGACCGGCAAACUGGCUCAACCGAGCAGCAGACUUCAUGUGGCGGGACCUGGAAAACAUCGACCCGCUGGAGCUGAUAGCAGCCGGACCAGAGGCGGGAUUCGAGAUGGACGAGGGCCAGUUCGAAGCGCUGGAGGCGGGCGACAUGAUGGGGCCGUUGGAAGGCGACGGCGAGGUGCUGGAUGCGGCAGCAGCAGGCGGACUGGACGCGGAAGCGAUCGAGGACGCCGAGGACCUGGAGGGACUGAUGGAGAUUCUGGGGAUGCGGGGGCCGGUGACGGCGCUCUUUCAAAACGCCAUCUUCUGCGCAUUCCUGGUGACGCUGACACUGGUUGUGGGAGUGUUCGUGCCAUACAACAUUGGACGACUGGCAGCGUGGCUACUGGCAAACCCGAUGCGGCCGGUGAUGAUGCUGUUCGGACUGUCACGGCUGCUGCAGGACGUGGCAGCGGCUGUUCUGGGCGGCUGUCUAUUUGCGGUGUUCUACACGCUGCACGUGGUCGUGUCGGGCUGGGCGUGGGUGGCCGGGGAACGGGGGCCGACGACAGUGAUGGGACACCUGGCAUCAACGCUGUUUGCGGCAUGGAACAUGUGUGCAGGAGGUGCGCUGCGGGUGGUGAACAGCUUCUCGCUAGAGCCUCCGAUUCUGUCGGCGGGUGAGAUGCGCAACUUCUCGGCCGUGAGCCACGAGGCGCUGCUGUCGCUCAAGGGCCAAGCAGUCUCGGCAGCUGCAGCACUCGGCCAAGCAGCCAUAUUUGUGGGAGGGGGUGACUAUGGCCACAAGCUGGCGAUGACAGCCGAGACGAUGCAACAGGCCGUCAUGAUGACGUGGAGCGUGGUGCAGGCAGUGCCGGGAUGGAUGGUGCGGCCGGGAUGGUGGGUGAUCACGCUGGACGGCGACCGAGGCGGCGGGUCGGCAGUGGACGCCACGCUGGCCUUUUGGAACAGCGCCGAUCGAUUUCUGGCAACUGGACUGGGCUACUCGACGCUCUGCCUGGCGGCUGGGCUGUAUCUCUACCGCGGCACGCCCUUCUCGAGCGGGGCGACAGGUCAGGCGUGGGAGGCGUCCGUGAUCGACGGCCUCAACCGGGCCAGUGGGGGGCGCAGGGUAAUCCGGAUCAUCGGCAUCGGGAUGCUGGCCUUUCCAUUAUACCGUGGGCCGUUGCUGGGUGUGGCCCUGUUCCCGCUCUGUGAGGCGGCCACAUUGUCGUCGCGGCUACAGUUUGCGCUCAACUAUCCACUGACGUCUGUCUUUGUCCACUGGUUCGUCGGGACCGGCUACAUGUUCCACUUUGCCCUCUUUGUGUCAAUGUGCCGGAAGAUUAUGCGCCGGGGGGUAUUGUUUUUCAUCCGUGAUCCCGACGACCCCGAGUUCCACCCCGUCCGCGACGUGCUGGAGCGCAACGUGGUGACGCAGCUGCGCAAGAUCCUGUUUUCCGCGUUUGUGUAUGGAGCGCUCGUCGUCGUCUGCCUUGGCGGCGUGGUCUGGGGACUGGCCGUAGCCGCUCCCGGCGUGCUGCCCAUCCACUACGCGUCCGACAAACCGGUGCUGGAGUUUCCUAUCGAUCUGAUGUUUUACAACUCGCUGAUGCCGUUGGCCAUUCGAUUCUUCCGCCCAAGCGAUGGUCUGCACGCCAUGUACACCUGGUGGUUCCGCAAGUCGGCCCGCAUCCUGCGCAUCACCUGGUUUCUCUUCGGCGAGCGCAAACUGGACGAGGAGGGCGAUUUGGUGCUGGCGGCUGGCUCACCACACCGCCGCGCUCCCUGGUGGCGCCGCCUGUUUCUGGAGUACGCUGAGGCGGGCGACGAGGUUGUGCCCAAGACCUGGACAGACACGCUGGCCGGUGGCACCGCACGGCCACGAUCUGAGAUCACCAAGAUCGAAAUGCGCGAGCUGGCCGAUCGCAAGAAGCGCCUGGUGGCCUCCGGACAGCUGGUCAUCAACGGCCGGUUUGUGCGGGCUCCGGCAUCGGACCAGGUCAAGAUCCCGAAAGGCCGGGCCGUGUUCCUCGAGGUCAGCGAAGACGAGGGUGUGGUCAGCGAACGAGGAAAGACAGGCUCGACAGCCACAGCCGUGGCAGACGCGUAUUUGCCGCCGCACUACCGCUUCGUCUACGUGCCGCCACACUUCCGCGUGCGUGUGCUGCUGUUCAUCGCCUUCAUCUGGCUCUUUGCCGCGGCCACGGGCGUGGCCUUCACGGUGGUGCCGCUGCUGUUUGGCCGACGGGUCUUCCAGCUGUUGCUGCCGGCACACAUCCGCAGCAACGACAUCUACGCCUUCAGCAUCGGCAUCUACGUGCUAGGAGCGGCCUCUUACGGCCUAUGGCACGCGCGGGCUCUUCUGGCCAAGACGACGGCGGCAGCACGACGUGGACUGACGGCCCUGACAGCGAGUCGAGCCGUGCGCAAGACGGCUGCUGCGGUCACGUGGACGUUCCGGCUGACAUACGCAUAUGCGGUGCUGGUGAUCGUGUUUCCGCUACUGGCGACGGCGCUGGUCGAGCUCUACGUGCUGAUCCCGCUGCACACGUACAUGGGAUCAGACGGAGGAGACGACAACAGCAGCACGAGCGUGCAAUCGCAUGCCCACACGGUGCGGCUGGUGCAAUCGUGGACGCUCGGAGUGCUGUACCUUAAGCUGGCGGCGCGAACAGUGACGUCGUGGCACGAUGGCACGCGGCUGGCGGCGGCAGUGCGAGCAGUUCUUCGUCGUGGACAGCUGGACCCAGACGUGCAGCUGUUGACGCGGGCGUUUGUGAAGCGGGCGCUGCAGUUGGGCACGGCGGCCAUUAGCGUGCCGUUGCUGCUGGCCCGUGUCGUGGCUGCGUCUGAGCUGGGCGCCGUGCUGGCAGCCGCCACGCCAGUCGGCGCGAGUCUGGUCUACCGUUUGAGCUUCCCGAUCGUCGCCUUUGGUCGCGGCGGCUGUCUGGUCGCUAUGGGGUAUGGUCGAUGUGUUUGGGUCGUGGCGGGUGCGAAUCCGAGACGAAGCGUAUUUGAUCGGCGAGCGGCUGCACAAUUUCGGGGCUACAACGGGUCCGCAUGGACGGAGGGGAAGAGGAGUGAGGGGGAGAUGAGGGGGUAG